CCAAAGCAGACUAGCCAAAACUGCGUCUCAUGGGACUGGGGUUGAAUAUCGACAGGCACAAUUACAUGCUCACUCCAAUUCAGCAAAAACAGAGUCCCUAUUCAACUUUGAGGGCGAUAAAAAUAGACCGACUGACAGGGUACCUGAUGGGGGGAACCGGGCCAGGUAUGAAAAUCCCAACAGGCAUACCCGUACUGGUUCGAUGACAUAUGUGGAACCACCUAGUUCGACACGAGUGAAUAUACUCCCUCAGAGUCAGGACGACAAGGGCCUCAUGUACGCUUCUCGUACAGCUAGUGAAACUGUGAACACUGCUGCCACCGUACGCCCAGAAAUUCCUGUUCGACGUAGCGAACCGGUUGCGGUGUAUGCAUCUAUCGUGCCUCAAUACCAGCAAACGCUCGGUAGUAUCGCGGGAUUUCCGUCUCCACGCGUAUCUACACCUUCACCCGGAUUGGCAUAUUCACCCACGGACACUAUGCCACACACCGACACACAAACACGUACUGCACAUCAAGAGCAGGUUGGAAACCAACGACGUCUAUCAGAACACAUACAACCAUCACAGCCAGCCCACUCACAGCUGCCGCAGCAAUCAUCUAAUCAACCAGCUAAUUCCGCUAAAGAAUAUAUUCGAUCGAAUAACGUCGCCUACCUCCAGCAGCACUCACACCCUGCGUCUGGCGAUGCUGGGUAUGACUGGCAGCCUCGAGACGUCGACGUGAGUGAUCGGGCGAAAUCUGAUCACCAAGCGUCCAGUCGAGGGCAACAGCCCGUAGAUAUGAAGCAAACAGAUACACACACACACCUGGAGCUUCCUACGGCUCGCAGACGGUCUGUGCAGAACGCCCCUACGUCACCGCUUCUAUCCUAUAUUACUGCUCGAAGGCGGCAAUCACCAGCACGCGCCCACACGCUGAAAAAUUCUGGACCUGUCCUCGAGUUUUCGGCAAACGGUACUCAGCUAAGCACUGUAGGCUCGGCCACAGCUGGGCAGGACAAUGCUGUUGACGGAGAGAGAAAUAUAGUAGAUGCCAGCGAUGAGCUCAAUGAGCUGCGACGGGCCAUGUCUCUGCCCCCUUCCACGGGCGCAGAGACAGGCCUGGGCAUGAACAUCCUGUUGGGUACCGAGGGUCAGCCGGAUCUGGGUGGUAGGUUGGACGCUGAAUUACACCAAGCGCAUGCAGAUGGUCAUAUGCUCACCCACAAAAUAGCGGCAACACACAUGGACAACAUUGCGGUAACGCCGGGGGCUGGACACGUGCCACUGUCGCCUAUUACAUCACAACAACUGAGAGACGGUGUGAAUAUCACAGUAUCUACCAAUACACAUGAUCAUCAAGAACCGCAUCCGCACCGAGUGUAUUUCGACGAAGCGAGUAGUCGGCGCGCUCAAACCCUCACGCCUACUGUUCCUCAGCGUCAGUCUGAUGAAUGUGUACUUCCGAAGCUCGGAAAUGGGAAUGAACGCGUGCAAUUAGAUCGUGUGAGUAUGGGCACAGAGGAAUCAUCCGCUAAUCAGCCUGCGCAAGACAUGCAAUCUUUGGAUUCUAAAGGGGGAUAUUGGGGAAGCCCUCUGUUUAAUAGUGAUGGAGCUCCGAAUGUUGGAACUUCUAUAUACAGACACAGUUCGUACCCAGCACCCACGACCCCGAAUAUGAAAACGCUUGCUAUUACGGAGGAUGAACAUAGCCAGUUUGCCCUCGGCAAGAUGUUAACUAUGGGAGGAGCCCCGGUGAGUCCGCUCGGUAGAUCCGAAGCGAAUAUUGAUAGCGCUGGAGAUAUGAAUGCUGGCAUACAGCAGGCUACACCGACUAAGGCUUACAAACAAAGACCACUGUCAGCACCCACUCAGCCUUCUCAAGGGCUAGCGCAGAUACCCGCAGACCCAACACUGGGGGAAAUGGUAGUCGCACAACCACAUGCAUCAGUGGUCGAGCAUCCAAAUGCACAGGAACGCUUGCCGUGGCAGACCUACGAUCCCGAGCAAGUACAGAUACAAUCACACGCCCAGGCCCAGGCACCAAUGGAUCUGCAUCACGACUGUGUCAGCAUCGUGCAGUAUGAAUCUCUGAAGUAUCAAUCCAGCAACAUUGAGAACGCGCUCAAACGCGAGUUAAUGACUACACGGAAACGUUUGGAGGAGGUCAAGGACGAGCGAGACCUCGCAGAACGACGGCUACAGGAGUUUCAAUAUCUUGCAAACGUUACGCAACCAAGUGACUUUGGUGGUUCGGGUCUUAUCAAUUUUAAGUACGAUGAACUGCAACAUGCGACGAAUAAUUGGGAUGACAAGAACAAAAUAGGCGAGGGCGGAUUCGGACCUGUUUAUAGAGGUGUUCUUCACGGUCAGUCUGUCGCCAUCAAGACACAAUCGACCGGGUCCGACCAGGGAGCCCUGGAAUUCGCACGGGAGGUCGCAGUCUUGGCAAAGUACCGCCACAAACACCUGGUUUCACUUAUGGGUAUUGUGCGCAGCGCUUCAUAUCUCUGCCUUGUGUAUGAGUACAUGUCUUUGGGGAGUGUCAGAGAUGUACUUGAUCACAAAGGACUCGGUGUGGAUGCCUUGCCCCUCACAUGGAUCGAUCGCAUAAGCAUAUCCCUGCAGUCUGCGAAAGGCCUUCUAUACCUACACAGAGGAACCACCCCUCCCGUUUUGCAUUUGGACUUUAAAACGGCCAACAUCCUGCUGGAUAAAGAUUUGCAUGCUAAAGUUGCUGAUUUUGGGCUUGUUCGAUCUACACCGGAGCUGAUGCAGGGCACGCAUGCCAUGACCAGGAGACUGAAUGGGACGCAUGGCUACAUCUGCCCUGAGUAUGCUUCUUCCGGAAGAAUCACAGAUCGCACCGACGUGUAUAGUUUUGGCGUGGUGUUGUUGGAGAUGCUAACUGGUCUGCGGGCCAUAGAUGAAACACUCCCUGUGGCCGAUUUGGUUAACAGAGUCAAGGACUACACCAAGUUCCGGUGUGGAGACUUCAAGAGUAGGCAGCGAGUCAGCAUGAGCACAGAUGUAAGUGGCGAGAAGAAUUUUUCUGGCUCCACGUUGACUGCUCUCGAAAAAAUGUACACCGAGAGGGAAGCCCCCGGGAACCAGCAGAUAGAAUUUGACACGGUGCGGGAGAGGGAGCUGGCCCAACUUCAACGGUACACGUCGUCUGACAAUGUUUCUAUAGAUCCCGAUAGAGUUCGGAACGUGAUGGAUGGCAUACACAGUGACGGUGAUUGGCCCUUAGAUCAGGUGACAAGGUUCUUGAAUUUGGCUUUGCACUGCACCAAGUCACGCGCCACAAAGCGACCCACUAUGUCUGAAGCUAUGGGUAGGCUGGAAGAGAUGUAUUUGCUAGCGGAAGGUGUAAGGACUGGCGACUUCAAUUUGACUGCUUUCAACAAAAAGAAGAGCCUUGAUAGAAUGACAAGUGAUAUAGGAGAAAGUGUAGUGUCCCCGGUGAAACUAGCAGCCGAAAGUCCGACAGAGAAUGAUACGCUGUGCGUAAUUUGCUGUUCGGCUCCUCGCUCGGCCGAGUUCCAGCCGUGCGGGCACUGUGUGCUAUGCCACAACUGUGCCAUGGGGAUGGCUACGAACGGAGAUUCCUGCCCGACCUGCUUGUCGAAGAUCGACGAGGUACUCUCGAGAUUCGAGGUAGUAUAAGGUCCUUAACUGUGUGCUUGAAAGCAUGCUCGGAUGCGAAUAGCGGUCUAACACUGGCGACGUUUCAGGAUAGCUGCCAUAGUAUGAGCUGAAAUAACAGGUUGCUACAAUUGGCACACGUUGUAGUGUUUGUAUACUUUUACGCAAUUUAAGGUAUCCCUACCCGCUACUACAAUGGGGCAACGUAUUUGUUGAUACAAACACGAAGACAAAAAAACUCAAGACACUCAACAUUGGAAAAUAUUAGUAAUAACAAGGAUAGAGCCGGUUGAGCCCCAAAUAAAGCGAAUUAUAUACAUUUAACUUGAUAAGAGGUACUUUGACGCGAUAUAUCGUCAAACAUGGAUAAUAUUAUACAGCAUAUAGCCGUGCGGAAUAAAAGUGUAGUACGCAAGUGCGAAACAAUAGAAUCAAAGCGAUCAGUACGAGUAAAG